AAAAUCAGCAAGAUUUAGACUCAGCCUGGAUGUGAAGACUAGAGAGAGAUUCAAGUUGAACAGGACACCUAGUUUGAGUGUGAGCAUCUGGCAAUAUGUUGGCAUUGUCCACAACGAUAGAGAAAUAUGCUGCUGAGUGCAGCUGCACCAACAAAGUUAAGAUACAAGGAGCUUGUAAAGACAGUCAUUGAGUUGAAAAAAAUAGUGAAAGUUAAGGAUGUUGAACUUCUGAAUACGCCAGAAGACUUUGAGAGUAAAUGCCUCUCUUCUGCUUUCAAAUGCUUCCAGAAUGCAAGCUUACACUUAGAACCAGCAAACAGCCAAUCGUCUCGUAAUUUUGAAGUCAUGAUUACGAGGUUGAGGAGACCGAUUAUUAUAGACACCAUUACUGACAUGAAUUGUUCUCCAUGUGAAUCUUAUGCUAAAGAAGCCCCCAGACAAUUUUUGGAUAGCUUUCUAUCACUGCUACAGGAGCGAAUCAGAAACCUUCACAUUUAGGACACAAUGGAUAUGAAGACUACUGGACAUCCACUAUUUAAAGCAGACACUAUGUUAUGUAAGACAACAAUGAAAAUGUAAAUAUUGUGUAUUGAACAUUAUGAUGUGUUGUAUGUUGGGUACAUUAGUGAUGGAUUUUCCUCAAAAUGUUUAGAUGAGCUGGAGAGUUAUUCAAAGCUUAUCUGAACAUCUCCUCACGCUGGAAAUUAGGCUCAAAAUUUCCCAGGAAAAGGUUCUCUCAUGAGAUUUCAAGUAUUCCCCAAUUUUAGCUGGUUUAGAAAUACCAUGAGAGUAGCCUUGUUUUUGUUUCUGAUUCC